UAAAACGUUUUGUGUUUUAGGCUUUGGCUACUAGAAAAUGCGAAACUAGAUCACUAUGAAAGAGUACUGGAGUCCUAUUGCUAAGCUUACAAUGUUUUUUGAUGGUAUGACUAAAUCCCAGGCUGUUCAAUGUYUCUGUACUCGAGCAUUCCUAAGCGAUGUAGAGUAUGUUGAGCAGGUUGGUUUAUCAGAUGGCAGUCGAGACGCAGAUCAGUUGUCAGAUGGAGAACGUUCAGAAUUACAACUUGAGGAUCUUAGUAAUUCCACUGAAUGUGACGAUGACUUCAUAUUAACAUCAUUAGAUCAUCGUAAAGCUAAAGCUCUUUCUAAAGCACCCUACAUUGAUCAUAUGGAUGAUCCAGACGAGGAAGCAAUGAAAGAACUUAGAAUGAUGUACAGUAUGGGUUUGCCAACAUGUUUUCUAAACUCACCAAGAAGUUUAGAUUCAGAUGAUGAGGUUCCWGUUUCAGCAAAGACAAAUAAAAGUUGUACAAGGAAAAGAAGAGGAAGAAAAAGAACUUCAAGAAAACAUAAAUCAGCAGACMUUYYUCAAARGUCAACAAAUUAUAACAAGGAAGAAGUUUAUGAAGCUCCUAUGCCUGGGAACUGGUCCACUUUAGAUGAAACUGAAGUAGAAAAUGUAGAAACAGAAACUCCUUGUCCUGAUAAAUUAGAAACACAGGCAGGUAAAGAUUUGAAAGAAGUGACCCCAAAUGGAGAAGCAGCAUCUAGUCCAGGAAAACUAGAAAAGAAAUUAGAUAUUGAAACAGCAAGUGACGUAUGUGAAGAAAAUGCUGAAAAUGAAGUCAAAAUUAGAGAAACAAAAAGUGUUUGCCAAUAUGAAUUAGAAAUACAUACAGGUAUUGAUUUGCAAGAAGUGACCCCAAAUGGAGAAACAUGCCCUGGUCCAGGAAAACUGGAAAAGAAAUUAGAGAUUGAGACAGAAAAGGAUACAUGUGAAGUAAACCAAAGUAAUGAGGCAUCUGGCUCAAGAAAAUUAGAUGCAACUGAGUGCUUGCCAACACAGAUUUAUGAAAAGACUACAGAUGAAUGCUCUACCAUAAAGAAAUUAAGUGUGGAAGAAUGCCCACCAAAAGAGGACAUACAUUUKUGCAAUACAGAAGAAACCUCCAUACACAGAGAGAAUUCAAAGAACAAUKCUUGCAUUGUGGACAAACUUGAGGUAUCUGAACUAAAUAUUUCUGAUGAUACAAAUGGACASGAUGAUGCCACUUCAGAACAAGCUGGUGAAGAGUUGGACCAUGCAGUUGAGGGCUGGGAAGAUUAUUGGAAAUAUUAUGGGUAUUCAUUAGUAUGGGAUAGCUGGCUUUCUCAACAUGGAAGCUUACUGGAAACAUCAAUGGAAAUGUCUGGUAAGGCUGGUGUGUCUGAGAGCACAGAAGAACAUAGUAACAGACUUACCGCAAAUGAUGAUAACAACAAAGAAGAAAGUGAAAAUGAAGAAAGCAAAGAACAACUUGAUAACACAGUGUUAUGUGAUAACGUUGUUUCCAUUGAACCUUGCAAUGCUAGUGAAUCAAACCAUUCAUGUAGUUUUACAACCUUACCAGAUGAGAAACCARUAGAUGUUUCAAAUGGUAGACAAACUGAAAUACCUGUCAUAGCAAGUGUUGAUGUUCAAGCAUUGUGGAAUCAGAAUUACGAAGAUGUUUAUGCAUACUAUUAUGAGCAGUAUAAACACUGGAAAAGUGAAGGCUACAUCUUUGACAUACCUCAAGAUUGUCUGGACACAAAUGAAGUGGAAGCUGGAGAAAUACUUGGAGAUACACACAAACCWAGUGAUGCUAUUCAUUGUGGAUCAAGAGCAAAAAAGGCAAAGAAAAGAGGGCAAAUGCAACAUGAAGCAAGAAGCAAGAGUUCACAGAGCUCUGUGAUUAAGAACUCAAAUCAAAACACAAGUUCUAGUCAAAGUAAUGGAGAUGAUCAACCUCCUGAGGACAAGCUUCCUCGUAAGCUGAAGAGAAGUCAUGAGUUGGAUGUUGAAGAGCAAAGAAACCCUCARCUAGUMAAGGCAUACAAAUUGAUGGGUUUCAAAGUGGCACAUCCACAUGGGGAGAACUUUGAUGAUCUUCCAAAGUUUGGCUCAGCAAAGAUAGAGUUUCAAUGUCAGAAAUUACAAGCGAAAAACAAAAAGUUGAGCAUUUAUCAGAAACCAUUUGAACCUUAUGAUGAAUUACUUCAAGAUGUAAAGACAUUUCUGGAAAAGAAGUCAUCRGCUGAAUCGCAAAACAGUGAUUCUGAAGAAUCCAAUGAAGGAGGAGAAUGUAGGCUGAACCAACUAAGUGAAGUGAAGUCAACUGAAAUAAUAUCUAAUAAGGAUGCAAGUAAUGGUGAUGUCACUGAGAAUGCUGGUACUUUUCCAAAUACAAAUAUCACACUUGAAUUUGUUGAUAUGGAAUCUCAGAGGCAGGAUCCUGACAUUGCAAAAUAUUGGUACCAGCGCUAUAGGUUAUUCUCUCGUUUUGAUGACGGCAUAAAGAUGGACAAAGAGGGAUGGUUUUCUGUCACUCCAGAGCGCAUAGCACAACACAUUGCAGAGAGAUGCCGAUGUGAUUUAAUCAUUGAUGSUUUCUGUGGAGUUGGUGGAAAUGCCAUACAAUUUGCCUUCACUUGUGAGAGGGUGAUAGCAAUAGACAUAGAUCCUGUUAAGAUUGCUUGUGCAAGACAUAAUGCAAAGAUUUAUGGAGUACAAGACAGAAUAGAGUUCAUAGUUGGUGAUUUUAUGAAACUUGCUGACAGUCUUCAAGGAGAUGUGGUCUUCCUUAGUCCACCAUGGGGAGGUCCCAAUUAUGCAAGGGCUGAAGUKUUUGAUAUCAAGACAAUGAUCCUCUUGGAUGGCUUCAAAUUAUUUGAAAAAGCCAAGGAAAUAACAAGUAACGUUGGAUAUUUCAUGCCUAGGAAUGUUGAUGCAGAACAGCUUGCUUCUCUUGCUGGCCGUGGUGGGAAAGUGGAAAUUGAGCAAAACUUUGUGAAUAAGAAAUGUAAAACUGUAACAGCAUAUUACGGACAUCUCAUCUCAGAAACAUGACAAGGGAAUGCCUGUAUCUGUUUAGUACAUACUUCAAAUAACAAUGAUGCUGCCUUUUCAUGUUCUUCUGUAUUUUUCCAUGUGACAAAMAAAAWUUUAUUUUCAUUUGUCUUCACAGCCAGCUGUUUUAAAAGCCAGAAAAAUAUGGCCAGAGAAUAUCAAGAUUUCUUAAGAUUAUAUUUUUGUUAAAACUGUAUUAUUGUAAUAUUCUUUGAAGCUACAGAAACUUCUUUUUUUUUAUAGCAAGACUUUACACAUUUAUGUAUAAUAAUAAGMGUUUUAUUGUAAACCAUAACGGAAAAAAUGACGAAUACAAGGAAAAAUCAUUAGGUUUGUACUGUAGGUUGUUUCUGAUUCUUUUAACCUAAACGUAAACAUUCAGACAUUUUGAGUGAGAUACUACAGUCUCAAGUUGUACAGCUGUAUGCGAAUAUGUAAGCAAGUUCUCUUUACAACAAAUCUGAGUAAUGUCAUCAUGUCUGAAAUAACUAAAGAUUCGUGAUAGCAUGCAUGCAGCAAAACCAAAAACUGAACAACAGUGUUGGUUCAGCUGAAUGCAUGUUAAUUUGUAAGUGUUUGGAAAAAAAAAACAAGCCAUUACAUGAGUGAAAAAAAA